AUGCAAAACUCUCUUCCUUAUUAUCAAUCAGAGAGUUCUACUCAUGUCAUUGAUUUAUCCGCUCCUUCUACAUCCUCUUUUGCCUUGGAUUCCAUAGACAGCCGUCCUAAGCUUCGCCCGCCCGCCCACAAGAAACGGAAGAUUGACAGGGCUUGCGAUGCUUGUCGUCGUCGCAAGACAAAAUGCGACGGUCCCAAAAUGCCCGAUAAUGUCUGUACCAACUGUAUGCAAAGUCGCAAGGCCUGCACUUAUGUGGAAAUGUCCAAGCCCAGGGGCCCGCCUAAAGCGUAUGUAGUUGGGCUUGAGGACCGCCUCGAAAAGAUGGAGGACCUUUUGAAGAGGCUGUGGCCUGAAUCCGACUUUUCAGAAGACUUAGGACCUCCAGUUAUACGUGAUUCCUGGAAAAACGAGGAGUCUGCAAAUUCAGCCGACAACGCCACAUCCCAGUCGAAAGCAAAGUCUACUUCUUUCAAUCUCCUGGCGUCAUCUUCAUCCAAGAAACCUGUCGCGGCAGGCGCUCUGUUCUCUCCCUCGGUCCCGCUUGGAUUUUCUACCCACUUAAUGCUCAGCGAUCUACGUCCACAGAAGCGCCCCCGUGUUCCGGUUCGGAAACAUUCUUCUGGCACUCAUGGAAGUCACCAUAAAUCGGAAGCCAAUGUCUCUGAUCCUUCAUCUGACGUUGAUGAGCUGGUAGAAGGCUUCGAAGGUAAAGGUCGACUAUCUCUACGCUUGUCCGAUGAUAUUUCAGAAGAGGACAACUUCGCUCGCUUUCAUGGUCAGAGCAGCUCAUUACGGAUGGUGGAUGCGACGCGAAAGUUCAAACAUCUGCAUAUGCUCGAUACGGGCAGCGAUUCCGGUAAAGGUACGCCUAGUCCGGGUUUUGGCCCCGAUUCACCGAGGAGGCCAGAAUUUUGGCGUCCUCCGCCUUGGGAGCGUUUAUACGAAGGUAUUCAUGUAGAUUCUCCUGAAAUUCUGCCUGAAAUCCUCGCUCAAUUCCCUCCUCCCGAUCUUGCCACGAAGCUCGUUGAUAUUUAUUUUUGUCGCAUCAACAUCCAGUUCCCUCUCCUUCACCGACCAACUUUUGAUCGUCAGUGGCGCGAAAAUUUGCAAAACCGGAACAUCUGGUUCGCAUGUUUGGCACUUACCAUCUUUGCGGUCGCUAGUCGUUCUUGCGAUGAUCCGCGGGUUCUGCCGAAAGGUGUCGCCAAGAAGGAAAAUGAGGAAGUAGACUGGACAAAGGCGGGAUGGACCUAUUUCACUGUGGCGCUUGGUGUUCAUCGACAUCGGAGAAGCCUUCUCUAUCCGGCUACUCUUCUCGAAGUGCAGACGUUUUCACUAUUGGCUAUGUUUCUCCGAGGAACCUCGUCUCAUCCCACUGCCUGGAUGUUAAUAAGUGUCGGCAUACGCAAAGCUCAAGAUGUUGGAGCUCAUCGCCGAACGGUUUAUCAACAGAAACCAACGGUGCAAGAAGAACUGUGGAAGAGAGCUUUCUGGAUGUUAAUCGCUUUUGAUCGCAUCGGGAGUGCCCAUAUCGGACGGCCAUGCGGUGUUGGGGAAGAAGACUUCGAUGUGGACUUACCGGUGGAAGUGGACGAUGCAUAUUGGGAGCCUGAAGACCCAAGCAUGGCCUUUCAGCAGCCUCAAGAUGUUCCUUGCACGAUAACUGCCUUCAACUUGUUUAUCAAGCUCUCACAGAUAGUGGCUUUCACCACGCGGACGAUUUAUGCCACGAAUCCGGCCAAUGUUAUCAUGGGACGUCCUAUCGGAAGACCGGACCAAAUCGUUUCACAGUUGAAUGCUGCCUUGACAGAAUGGGUAGACUCGGUUCCUGACUAUUUGAAAUGGUCUUCUCAGCUCGAAAACUCAAUCUAUUCCAAUCUCUCGGCAACUUUAUAUACCGCUUAUUACCUCACUCAGAUGCUGAUUUAUCGCCCUUUUAUUCCGUCUCCCGCAGCAUGCGACGGUCGUCCUUCUAACUCCACUUCGUCGUUUCCAUUUCCAGCUUUGGCCAUCUGCACCAACGCGGCCAAAUCAUGCGCUCAUAUCGUAGAAGAACAAAUGCUGCAGGGACUUUGGAACAUUCCAAAUCUGAUCUCAAUAUCGCAUAUUUCGUGUGGCGUGUUACUGGUGGGGAUUUGGGAUCUGAAAGCCAAGGAAAGGGUUCAGCUGGCCAGUGGGAUCGAAGAUAUCAAGCCACCUCUAGUUCAGGCUCUGGAACCUCUCAUGAAGGAUAUAUCGAUCUUUCUAAAAGCCUUGGAAUGGGCGGCACCCCGUUACGAAACUGUGGAACCUAUAAUGUGGGUUUGGUUGUGUUUCCACCUGUGUUCUGACUUGUAUGAUAUGGCAGACGACAAAUCAAGGAAUCAUUGCCUUCUUCCGACGGGGAUGAAGAUCGAGACUGCUCUCUGGACUUUCGGGAAAGUAGGCGAUUGGCACAAAGGAAUGUUUCUCGGUACGUGUCGGGUUCAUCCGAGUCAUCGACGGAGUCGCAACAGGAUGUUGCUCUCUGGUCUAUGCCCACAACGCAUUCACCACAGCCUGUCAUAUCGCUCCAAUCGUCUUAUUCUGCUGAGUCAACCCCUCUUCACCCUCCGCGAUCUCAGUCUGCGCAUAGAAGUCAAUCUUCCUCGUCAAUGUCCGUAUUAA